CUUCCUCGUAAAGACAAGAUGUGCCCAGCCCAAGGCCCUGACAGUAAUGGCGGACGUGGUGAGAGCCGUGUCACAAGGCUCCGCUCUGAGGUAUCAGAUCGACGACAUCACCAAAUGUAGCGUCCUCCCGGGUAGCUCGCCCAACAACCUGGUCCUCUACGACCUGUCCUGGGAGGUGAGAACAGCUCGUCUCAACAACACGGCUGGACAACGGUCAUUGCUGGUCUCCAACGAGAGACAGGUCAACGGUUCAAGGUCUGGAGAGCAAUGGCCAGUUACAAGACAAGUGAAUGUGGCAAUAAGAGAGAACGGCACCAUGGAUGUGAUGGUGGUCGGCCUGGAAUAUGGCAGCUAUAAGUGGAUAGAGACUUACAAGUACAGGUGUCUCUGGAACGGGACCGGUGGAGGUGCCUCGGUGUAUCAACAAGAUCUGGGAGGUGCUUUGAUUGGAGACUUUCUCAGUUUGCGGCAGGCAGUAGCGACAGGUUACUCACUGGCUUACGCCAUCAAUGGACAGACUCUAGUUCCCCCAUUCGGCAACGAGAUAUGGGUCGGCAGAAUAUCAGACAUCCGGUGGAACAAGAACCACAGCGAGAUCGUGUUCAGCAGACGAUGGACAUUCGUCGAUGUCGUCAACGUCACUUCCGUCUCCACGGCACCAAACAACAGCGUCAUCAUUCAGCGCUACUCCUACUCCAGGAGCUUCUACAUCUUGAUCUCCUCAACCACCCACAAAGGAUUCCUCAAUUCUACAGGGAGCGUGCAUUUCUUUAAAUUACCUUAUGGUGAAUAAAAGUACUUGCGCAAGAUUCAUAAUUAGCCUUAGAAAAGGGACAACGUUAUUAGCGCCCACCAAUGUCGGAAAUGAAAAUUGAACAAUAAAUAAAUGAAUAAAUGAAUAAAUAGAUUAUUCAUUUUUUUAAAUCCUGGA